AUGACCCGGGGAAGAUUUCAACAGAUUUUACAAGUUUUGCGUUAUAAUGAUGCUAGUGCAAGAAGAAAAAUGAGAAGUGAUGAUAAAAUGGAGCCCAUAAGAGAAGUAUUUGAAAUGUGGAAUCAGAAUUUAAAAGAUGGAUAUGUUCCAAGUUCAUGCAUGACAGAUGAUGAACAAUUAGUUUCAUUCAGAGGGCGCCGCCCAUUCCAGGUAUAUAUUCCUUCAAAACCAGGGAAAUAUGGAAUUAAAAUUUGGGCAAUAUCCGACAGUGAAACAUCUUAUGCCGGGAAAAUGCAAAUCUACACUGGAAAAGAUCCAGUAAAAGGGAGAAAGACAAAUAAAGGUUCAAGUGCUGUUGAAGACCUAGUAAAAGAACUUGAAAAUACUGGUCGCAAUAUUACUGGUGAUAACUUUUUCACAACUCUAGGAUUGGCUCGAAAGAUGCUUAGCAAGAAAACUGCUUUAGUUGAAACAAUUAGAAACAACAGAGUUGAACUUCUAAGUGCUUUCACAAAUGGAAAAGAAACGAUAUCAAUAGCCCAAUAUUUGGAUUUCAAAAGGAUUCUACGAUCCUGUCUUAUUGUCCCAAGAAACAUUAUGUAG